ACCGCGGCUGGGCUGCUCGUGCUGGUCCGCGAAACAACGAGCAAAGACGCGUGGCAGCACUUCUCGACUGCUGUCCACAAGGCGAAGAGCCACUCACGGCGCAGUCUGGCAUACACACCACACGGACUGUACAGCAGGGGAAUGGACAUGCGAAAGAACCAUGACAGGCGACCGGCGUACGCUACGGCGUCUUCGUGGACUUUCUGGACUUGUGCCCUGGUCACGAUGGUCACCGGCGUAGCGGCUGUAAACGCGCGUGCACAAGACAGAGACGUUCCACCGUCCUGCACUUGGAUGAACGCCGUCCUCGAGGGGUGCUCCGACGACAGCUUCGAGUUCAAAGACAUCGCAGGAUGGGAACUGCUGAAACGGGAGUACUUCGCCUGCCUCUAUUCACGGAUCAUACAGGCGGACUCGCGCACCACCUGCCAGGACGACGCCCUGCUGAGUCAAGUGGAGGACUGCAGGGUGGACGCCUACCUGAAAUUGAGGCCUGAAGUCAAGCUGAGAACUCCACCGUUUGACAACUCUAUCUACCUUUUCAAGAACUGCAUGGCGAACACGCUGGGCAAGUUCAGGGAAGCCGGCAUGACCGCCCUGCGCGGGUUCCGGGUGGGACAGGAGAGCGGACCGCCGUUGGCACAACAAUUACAACAAUUGAAUGUAAAGCCCAACAUCACCGUCGAGUACACGCAGGUUGUGUAAACACGGCAGCCACGAUCCAACUGCCAAUAAAGAAAAAAAAAGUAAAAAGAACAAA